AUGAAGCUUUUUGCUGCACGCACUGCUAUUGAUCUUCAUCCAAAACUCAUACUAAGUACAAGAGAGCAGCUAUCCAACGAACGAGGUGCUCCAACGGUGAAUGCAUCCAUAUUUUGUUUUGUAGCACUCGUCAUUCCGUCUUUAUCCUUUUCAGAAUCUGGUGUUGACAGGUCGUACACCACUUUAUUCAGGUAUGAUAAUAAGUGGAAAAACUGCUACACCGACGUCUUUCUUGUGGAAGAAGGAAAGAAAAUUAUUAAGCCAAAUAAUCGGCAAGGUUGGGUUAUACCACUGAAAAAUAUUUGCGAUAAGGUUGGAAUUUCAUCGAAGUUCUUUACCGACAAUCGGAAUAUUACCCUUCAAGAGGCUCGGAUACAGGUUCUAAAAUCUCGUUUGGCAAUAAAUACUGAGCCAAGCGCUUGGCUAAUGGAAUACGAUCCGUUGACAACAAAAAAUCUCGACUUGAUGUCAUAUAUCGCCAGUGAAUUUGACCCACGUGCCCUUCAGUCUCGACUGGCCCUCUACAAUGAACAAACAUAUUCUGAUCGUGAUCGAGUUCGCGUCUCCGGGAAGUAUUACAAUAACAUACAACUGGGUAAGCGUAUGUUUGGUUCAAGCAAAAAGCAGAAAUUCAUCUGUAGCAUCACUGGAGGCAUGGAGAGAAGGUUUGAGAUCCUGGACAACCAGGUAAAUCACUUACCCUUCACUCAUGAGGCAUUUGACCAAAAUUUGGACAAGUGUAGAAAUCAUAGAGUGAAGUGCCGGGAUUCUUCCAGAGUGAUUUUACGGUAUCCUAGUGACACUACAAAUACGUUUAUUCAUGCUAACUAUGUGCACGGUGGACCCUUGUUCAACAAGUUCAUUGUAACGCAAGCUCCUAUGGAGAAUACUAUUGGUGACUUCUGGCGAAUGGUCUGGCAGGAAAAAGCGUCCUAUAUUUUUAUGCUCAUUAGCAGAAAAAAUGUUGAACGUUGUGCUCCUUAUUGGCCGCGACGCCCAGAGUUUGCUCCAGUCAUUGUUCACGGCUUGCAUAUUUAUAAUGUAGGGAUCUCAUCUUCACGUGAUCCAGUAUUUCGUGUCACGUAUAUUAGAAUUGUGAACGACUUGGGUGAUGAGCAUCGUGUGGAGCACUGGCAAGCAGAUAUGAACAAUUCUAGCAAUCUCAACUCUCCACUUUCCAUCCUAGCUCUAGCUCGAAACAGCUCUCGGCCUGUAAUCAUCCACGACUGUUUGGGUAUUUCACGCGCAGCAUGUGUGGUUGCUACCGAAAUAGCCAUUUGUAACAUCGUUAAAGGACCGACUUAUAAGCAUCCCAUACAAAAAGCGGUUCAUUUUCUACGUCUUCAACGACCAUUUUCCGUAGAAACACCUAUGCAGUUUAUCUACAUUCAUCGAUGUGUCCAACGGUUCUUUAGUAAAAUCUCUGAACCUGUGAGGGAACGGAGAUAUAUUUGUCAUCGCUUUAACCUCUUAAGAUUGGUACGACAUCCAUGUAGACCGAAUACUCGAAGAGAAGCUCCUGAUUGUGUUGGAGAAUUACCGUUGCCGCUAAAUCCAGCAAGCUUACCAACACAAGCCAGAAGAACCUUGGUGCCUUGA